UGACUGUAGCUUCACUUUCACUGCUUUCUCCUCCAGAUCAUCCAACACAUUCGCGGUACAAGCUCUUUUUCUUCUCUUAAAUAACAAAAAGUAGUAAACUAAAACCGAUCACAAACAAAUGUAUUCAAUACCACCGGUACCGCCGCCCAAGUCGGGGAGCAGCCACGAGGCAAGUCGAAUUGGCACACCCUCUGGCGUUUUAUCGCAGACACAGUCGCCACGCCCGGCGCCGGUGCCCAACUCAGCUGCGGAUUCGACGCUGCCCGAAGCCGCUUCCAGUUUACAGGUCGCCCGGCCCGAGCCGAUAGAAGACCCAGGGGACCAAUGGCUGCCCAAGAUUCUCGAGGAUAAAUCAAAACAAGACCUGGCCGACAUACUCUCUAGCCCAUCUCUGUUAUCCGCCCUGACGCACUCGCCCUGGACGGCGCACCCGUCGCUCUCGGCCUCGCACGCCGCGCUGCAGUCGACGCUGGCCGACAACUUGUCGCUGGCGCAGCACCUGUCGAGCACCGAGGCGCACCUGUCGGCGCAGCGCUCGUCGACCCAGGCCCAGCUGCUGUCGACGCACGCCCUCGAGCGCCAGUGGCACGCCAAGCAGCGCGAGGCCGACGCCGCCCUGGCCCCCUUUGCGCCGGACGGUUUGUAUCUGCGCCUGGCGCAGGCCGUACAGGAGCAAGGCGCCGUUUGUGACGCCCUCGAGGAGAGUUUUCUGGAGGGCGAAGGGGGAGGAAGGGGAGGCGGCGGUGGUGGCGGCGCCGAGGAUGGGGAUUUCGUUACAGAGAGGGAGGCUCUCGACUGGGUUAGGCGGUAUAGGGAGGCUAGGAAGCGCUUGUACCUGAGGCAGGAGAAGAAGGAGAGGUGGGAUGAGGGGAGGGUUGGUGGAUGGAGGUGAAGGUUGUUUGUGGCAUUUUGCUGUUUGUUUUCGAGUGGACGCCAGGGGAGAAACACAGGACUCUUGGAUCAGCCCUCGACAACUCAGGCCACUGUGAAGAAAUUGAAGCUAGGCUCCCGGUGAGGGGAGCGAUAUGUCCAGACAAUGUUGUUGCUUUGUUAAUCUUGCGAGUAUGAGCUUGAGGGCUAUUCGAGAGCAUGAGUUUUGAUCUGCAUGUCCUCUUUGCUGCUAUGACAUGAAACUAUAUGGGAACAUGGAGCAUAUUCAAUCUCAGUAGACAGCAUCGAGAAAACCAUGCAUCCUACUGCUAAACGACGUGACCUACCAAGCCCGUCAUAAGCCGCUAUAUACUGCUAAAUCAUCAAGUCAUCUUCAAC